AUGCCAUCUGCUAGCUUACUCGUCUCAACGAAGAGACUUAAUGCUUCCAGGUUUCAAAAAUUUGUCUCUUCAAUAAACAAAUCCACUAUAGCAGGAUUUGCAUCUAUACCCUUGAGAGCUCCACCAUCUGUUACAUUCACGAGAAAGAAGGUUGGCUACUCAAAGAGAUGCGUUUCAUCUACUAAUGGCUUUUCAGCUACUAGGUCCACUGUCAUCCAACUAUUGAACAAUAUCAGCACAAAGAGAGAAGUUGAACAAUAUUUGAAAUAUUUCACUUCCGUUUCACAACAACAAUUUGCUGUGAUCAAGGUUGGUGGUGCCAUUAUCAGCGACAAUCUACACGAAUUGGCUUCCUGCUUAGCAUUUUUGUAUCAUGUUGGUCUAUAUCCAAUAGUUCUACAUGGUACCGGUCCUCAAGUUAAUGGAAGGUUAGAAGCGCAAGGAAUUGAACCGGACUACAUUGAUGGUAUCAGAAUUACUGAUGAGCACACAAUGGCCGUAGUUAGAAAAUGUUUUCUGGAACAAAAUCUUAAGCUGGUCACUGCAUUAGAACAGUUGGGGGUCCGUGCUAGACCCAUUACUUCAGGUGUCUUCACUGCUGACUAUUUGGAUAAGAAUAAGUACAAACUAGUGGGCAACAUUAAAAAUGUUACAAAAGAGCCAAUUGAAGCAUCUAUCAAAGCGGGUGCCUUACCAAUCUUGACCUCUCUAGCCGAAACUGCUUCAGGCCAGAUGUUGAAUGUCAAUGCCGAUGUAGCUGCUGGUGAACUGGCCCGUGUUUUUGAACCUUUAAAAAUCGUUUACCUAAAUGAGAAAGGGGGUAUUAUCAAUGGAUCCACUGGGGAAAAAAUCUCAAUGAUCAAUUUAGAUGAAGAAUAUGAUGAUUUGAUGAAACAAAGUUGGGUCAAGUAUGGUACCAAAUUAAAAAUUAGAGAAAUCAAAGAACUAUUGGACUACCUUCCACGUUCUUCUUCAGUCGCAAUCAUUAAUGUUCAAGAUCUACAAAAAGAACUGUUCACUGAUUCUGGUGCAGGUACUAUGAUUAGGAGAGGCUACAAACUAGUGAAGAGAUCUUCCAUUGGUGAAUUUCCAUCUGCUGAUGCUUUGAGAAAAGCUCUCCAAAGGGACACUGGCAUUAUUUCCGGCGAAGAAUCUGUUGCUUCCUAUUUAAGAGAUUUGGAAAACUCCGAUUUUGUCUCCUAUGCCGAUGAACCUCUUGAAGCAGUAGCCAUUGUAAAAAAAGAUACAAAAAUCCCCACACUGGACAAAUUUGUCUGUUCUGAUGCAGCUUGGUUGAAUAACGUCACCGAUAAUGUAUUUAAUGUUUUGCGUCGUGAUUUCCCUGCUUUACAAUGGGUAGUUAGUGAAGAUGAUGCUAACAUUGCAUGGCAUUUUGACAAGUCUCAAGGUUCAUAUUUGAAAAACGGAAAAGUUUUUUUCUGGUACGGCAUUAAUGAUAUAAAUACAAUCUCCGAGUUGGUUGAAAAUUUCGUGAAAUCUUGUGAUACUGCUUCUCCCCUAAACCCAUUAGCAAGUAGCGGAGUAUUUUCCAACGGCAAAUCAGCUAGGUCGUAUUCGACUAGGUCUACUCCCCGCCCGGAGGGAGCCAAUACUAAACCAGGUCGUGUUGCGCUUAUUGGUGCUAGGGGCUAUACAGGUAAGAAUUUAGUGUCUUUGAUCAACGGCCAUCCAUAUUUAGAGGUAACCCAUGUUUCUUCUCGUGAAUUGAAAGGUCAAAAGUUACAGGACUAUACAAAAUCCGAAAUUAUAUAUGAAAAUUUGCAAGUACAGGAUAUUAGAAAAUUGGAAGAGCAAAAUGCUGUGGACUUUUGGGUUAUGGCAUUGCCCAACAAAGUUUGUGAUCCUUUUGUUGAGACAAUUCAAAGUGUUAAUGGUAAAUCCAAGAUUAUUGAUCUAUCUGCUGAUCACAGGUUUGUAUCAGAAUCAGACUGGGCUUAUGGCUUGCCAGAAUUGAAUAAUAGAGCAAAAAUUGCUGACGCUACCAAGAUCGCUAAUCCUGGUUGUUAUGCCACUGGGUCGCAAUUAAGUAUUUCUCCGUUGACAAAGUAUAUCAGUGGUCUCCCAACUGUUUUUGGUGUUUCAGGAUAUUCUGGUGCCGGGACAAAGCCUUCUCCAAAAAACGAUCCCAAAUUUUUGAACAAUAACUUGAUUCCUUACGCUUUAAGUGAUCAUAUCCACGAACGCGAAAUCUCAGCUCGUAUUGGACACAAAGUUGCGUUCAUCCCCCAUGUAGGUCAGUGGUUUCAGGGUAUCUCUUUGACUGUCUCUAUUCCUAUAAAAAAAGGUUCCUUGUCUCUUGAUGAAAUUAGGCAAUUAUACAGAGAUUUUUACAAAGACGAAAAGCUAGUCCACGUCAUUAAUGAUAUCCCGCUAGUUAAAGAUAUUGAAGGCACCCAUGGUGUGGUUAUUGGUGGUUUCAAACUGAAUAACGCUGAAGAUCGUGUAGUUGUCUGUGCAACUAUCGAUAACUUACUUAAAGGUGCAGCCACUCAAUGUCUGCAAAAUAUUAAUCUUGCUAUGGGUUAUGGAGAGUAUGCUGGUAUCCCCGAAAGUAAAAUUAUUGGUCUCUGA